AUGGGGAAGGAGACCCGGAGCCAUUGCGUGGUGGGGCAGGCUGUGCCCUGCACAACCAAGGGGCAGUGCGGCUCUUAUGUUCCCAUUCAGCCGGAGAUCUGCGAUGAUCCCCAGUUUAUCAUUGGAGGAGCCACCCGCACAGACAUCUGCCAAGGAGCCCUGGGUGACUGCUGGCUGUUGGCAGCCAUCGCCUCCCUCACCCUGAAUGAAGAAAUCCUGGCUCGAGUUGUCCCCUUUGACCAGAGCUUCCAGGAAAACUAUGCAGGGAUCUUCCACUUCCAGUUCUGGCAGUACGGCGAGUGGGUGGAGGUCGUGGUGGACGACAGGCUGCCCACCAAGGACGGGGAGCUGCUGUUUGUGCACUCGGCCGAGGGCGGCGAGUUCUGGAGCGCGCUGCUGGAGAAGGCCUACGCCAAGAUCAACGGAUGCUACGAAGCGCUCUCGGGGGGAGCCACCACCGAGGGCUUUGAGGACUUCACGGGAGGCAUCGCUGAGUGGUACGAGCUGAAGAAGGCCCCUGCCAACCUGUUCAAGAUCAUCCAGAAGGCUCUGCAGAAGGGCUCCCUCCUGGGCUGCUCCAUCGAUAUCACCAGCAUCGCGGACUCGGAGGCCGUCACGAUGCAGAAGCUGGUGAAGGGACACGCAUACUCUGUCACCGGAGCUGAGGAGGUGGAGAGCAGAGGAAGCCUGCAGAAGCUGAUCCGCAUCCGGAAUCCCUGGGGAGAGGUGGAGUGGACCGGGAAGUGGAAUGACAACUGCCCGAACUGGAACACCGUCGACCCAGAGGUGAGGGAGAGGCUCACCAGGCAGCACGAGGACGGAGAGUUCUGGAUGUCUUUCAGCGACUUCCUGAGGCACUAUUCCCGCCUGGAGAUCUGCAACCUGACCCCCGACACUCUCACCGCUGACACCUACAAGAAGUGGAAGCUCACCAAGAUGGAUGGGAACUGGCGGCGGGGCUCCACGGCCGGAGGCUGCAGGAACUACCCGAACACCUUCUGGAUGAACCCGCAGUACCUGAUCAAGCUGGAGGAAGAAGACGAAGACCAGGAUGACGGGGAGAGGGGCUGCACCUUCCUGGUGGGCCUCAUCCAGAAGCACCGGCGGCGGCAGAGGAAGAUGGGCGAAGACAUGCACACCAUCGGCUUCGGCAUCUACGAGGUUCCGGAGGAGUUGAUGGGACAGACCAACAUCCACCUCAGCAAGAAGUUCUUCCUGACGACCAGGGCCAGGGAGCGGUCGGACACCUUCAUCAACCUGCGGGAGGUGCUCAACCGCUUCAAGCUGCCCCCGGGAGAGUACAUCCUUGUGCCUUCCACCUUCGAGCCCAACAAGGACGGCGACUUCUGCGUCCGGGUCUUCUCCGAGAAGAAGGCCGACUACCAGGCUGUCGAUGAUGAGAUCGAGGGCGACUUGGAAGAGAUCGAUGUCAGUGAAGACGACAUUGAUGACGGAUUCAGGAGGCUGUUUGCCCAGUUGGCCGGGGAGGAUGCAGAGAUCUCCGCCUUUGAGCUGCAGACAAUCCUGAGAAGAGUUCUCGCCAAGCGCCAAGAUAUCAAGUCAGAUGGCUUCAGCAUCGAGACCUGCAAGAUCAUGGUUGACAUGCUCGACUCCGAUGGCAGCGGCAAGCUGGGCCUGAAGGAGUUCUACGUUCUUUGGACAAAAAUUCAAAAAUACCAGAAAAUUUACCGGGAGAUCGACGUGGACAGGUCUGGGACCAUGAACUCCUACGAGAUGCGGAAAGCCUUAGAAGCAGCAGGUUUCAAGCUGCCCUGCCAGCUCCACCAGGUCAUCGUUGCUCGCUUUGCAGACGACGAGCUCAUCAUCGACUUCGACAACUUCGUCCGCUGCCUGGUCCGGCUGGAAACACUCUUCAGGAUAUUUAAGCAGCUGGACCCUGAGAACACGGGAACCAUACAGCUCGACCUUAUCUCGUGGCUCUGUUUUUCAGUACUUUGAAGUUAUAAACUAAUCUGCCUGAAGACGUCUCGUGAAAGAAAGUCAGCCACAGACUAAGCUUCCACAGAGAAACUUUUAUCUGGACCUUGAUUAUGGGAACAUUUACUUAAACCGAUGAUUAUAGCUGCACAUAAUGGUACCAUCUGAGAUAGGGAAAGAUUCGCGUAUCAUUAGACUAAAUACGAGCGUGUUGCAUAACCCUCGACAAGCUCGAACAAAGCUUUAAACCUGUAAAUAGGAUGCACUUUUUACUUUUACACACGGUCCCAUUUAGAGCAAUAUUAAAUCAGGAAAAAAAAAUGCAGGGAGGUGCUGACCAGCUGAGCAAACAUUCAGGGGAUCUCAAAGGACACGAGGUCCUUGCUGGGAACAUUGAAAGCAACUUCAGGUUGAAAAAUGCAGCUCUCAGGGCUCCCCAUUUCCCUUGAGUAAAAUAAAAAAUACAGUGGUCACAAAGUAAUCUUGUCAAGGCACCAGAGAAAGCCCACCUCUGUCACCCGGGGCCACCCGGGUUAAAGCAGAGACAGGUUUAUAGAAAACUGGUGAACAGCAAAUCUGAAAUUCAAGGCCUGGAGUGUUAUAAAUAACGAAGGGAGCGUACUCGUGGUCAGCGGGAGCCGUACACGGGAACCAGGCGUCCGGUUUGCAAACCAGCUGUGGCGAAGGUGGAACACGCCACCUGCCACCUGCUCGACCCUCCCGCACGUGGCCACCUACAGCGUUCAUGCAUGGAGCUGGGGGGCGGCGCAGGGGCGUCUGCAGACGACACAAGCUUGUUUCUUGGCUUUUACCUGGGACUGUGCUAACAUUAUAAAAACAUUGCCUUGUUGCCUUACCUUCUGACAAAUGUACUGUUAAAUAAAGAGUCGCCUGGGCAAUCCCA